GCUCGAUAGUGUGUAUGAGUUUAUGGUUGGGGAACUCGUAGCUAAACAGGAAGCUAUUAAGGCAAAAGAAAGGCUUAUCAAAGAAGAAGAAGAAAAGAAGAAGACUAAGGAGGCUGAAGAGAAAGCUCUGAGGAAACAGAAGGAACGACAAGUUUUCGAAGAACGUCUUAGCUCCAUUGUCGGCUCCAAGAUUAAUGAUGCAUGUGAGUUGUUUCUCGGCAGGGCUGAUAACCUGAAGAGCGUUGAUCGUGAUCGCCGUACUCGCGUCAACGAUGAUCUGGAGAAAACGAGGCUGGAAAAGCAGGUUGACAUGCUGCGUAAGGAGUAUGAGUGCAUCCGCAAGCAGAUGGAAGAACUUACGCGUUCCGUCGGACAAGCCGGCCUCAAGCGUGCUGGUUCGAACGUCUGUAUCGCAAGUCCACUAGAGGCACCGGCCAGAGGAAGAGCUCGAACAAUGGGCACAAGCAACCCUUCGACACAAGACUUUCACAAAUUGCUCAAGGCCGUGAACGACACUAAAGAGGAGAAACGUCUGGCUGAGAUGGAGGUACAGGCUCUGAGGGAUCGAUUCGAGAGGGCGGUAAGUAAGCUGGUCCGGCAGGGGCGUACUCCUUGGUCAAAUUUGGCAAAAAGAAUGAAUGAAGCUACGGAUGACGAUGAUGAUGAACAUGAUCAGGCCGCGCAUCAAGAGGAGGGGCUUGAUGAUCUGACUAUUCGGCCUUCGCCACCAAAGCAUACCUCAGUCCGAUUGGCGAGGAAGAUGGCAGUGGCUGAGAGGGAGGAUUUUGUGAAGGAGACGAAGAAAUAUAUAAAGCGUCUGAGAAAGCAUGGCUUGCAGAUUAUAUGUGGGAAGGAGGGUAUCAGUUUUGUGACAUGCGAACAAGCUAUCAACGAUAUUGUUGAGCUGCGGGCUUCCCUCGCUUUCGACCAAAGGCGUCCUAUCCCUGACAACAAGGCCAAUGAUGUUGUCCCUGAUUCUGAAGCAGAGGACCUUCACGGGGAAACGGAUCUGGGACCUGGCAUUGAUGGUACCCAGCAAGUCGAUGUUGAGGAUGAUGACAACAUUCGUGAGGGCUAGGAUCGAUGCCCAGGCGAACGAGCCCUAUGGGCUUUGGUAAG